ACGAAUUCGAAUUAGCAAAACCUGGGAUCAACAAUGGCGGAAAUCUCCGAUUCGCCAUCAACUUCAAAAUCCGCCGAAGAAAACACCCAAACUCAAACGCCAGAAUUUGACCUGAAAACCACGCGAAACACAAAACCCGGCGUCAAACGCCUCAUCAUCAGCGUCACUGUGCUCUUCUCUUUCAUCCUAGGUUUUCCUCUUCUGUGGAAAUCCAUCGAAAUCUACCGCGCGCCGCUCCCGUUCGAUCGAAUCGACGCCUUCUCCUCCCAAAUCGAAUCGAAACCCUUGUCCUUCCCAUGCCACUUUCAAGCCAUUUUCAUCGGUUUCGAUUUCGAUUUCAAGGUUUCGCACGGCGAUGUAGGAGCCACGAUCGCGAGGAAAAUGUCGGACCUAAGUCACGGCGGCGGUUGCGGCGGAUGUGGUGGUAAUUACUCUGUUGCCGUGGCGGUGGACAGGGGAGACAUUAAUGCGUUUGAUUUUGGCGAGAAGCUGAGAGGUAGUGACGAGGAUGCUGAUGAAUUGGUGAAGAGUGUGGUGAGUGAGUAUGGAGGAGGGAAUGCGUAUAGCGUUGUGGUGGUGAAUGAAGAGGGGGAGGUGAGGAGUGUGGUGGGGAAGUAUAGGCAUGCGUGGAUCGUGGGGCGGGUUGAGGAGGAGGAGGCAGUGUUGCAUGUGGCUGAGGUUUUUGUUAAGGUUUUUGUUAAUGGCGGGGACGUGGAGGGUUCAGUUCGCAGCGAGUUUAUGCCUGUUGGUGCUGAUGGGAGGAUUGUUCUCUCUUUCAGUUUACUCAAUGCAGACCCUCGAGAUUGGAUAUAUGAUUGGAAUUUUCGUGAAAUUGAUGAGACUUUGUUACGACCAGUGAUUGAGGCUUUACAACCUAUAGCAAACAUCACUGUUGAAAGCCAGGUUUUGUACCAUACACCAAAGUCUUCAUUUUCUUACUGGGAUGAUAAGCAUGGAAGCCACAUGUUUAGAACCGAGGAUCUUCCUUUCUUCGUGAAUUCAAAUGAGUGGCACUUGGAUACUUCUGUUGCAGCAGGAGGAAGGUCAAAAGUAUUGCAACUCGUGGUGUAUAUACCAUCUGCAAAGGAGUGUCCACUUCAACUGGAGCUUCCAAAUGGGGAGAUCUCUAAAACUAACGGCUUUAUAUCUCCAAUGUGGGGAGGUGUUGUUGUCUGGAAUCCCCAAAGCUGUAUAAAAGAUUUUGAAAGUAUGGAUCCAGUUAGGCAUACGAUUUCUCCCCAGGAUCUCCUGAAGCUUUUUGAGGUUCUCAUGGGGCAGUUGCGGCAACUCCUUGGUCUGAAGUCAGAUAACCUUUAUGUUGGUGAGUCAGGCACAUCUAUUCUCCUAGGCAGUGAAAGAGGUUUCACAGAAUGGGAGUUGGAUGUUUUGUCACGGAAGCAUAUAUGCUUUAAUCUUCAUUCAUGUGCUACUACGCUUGGAUCACUUUCUAGAUUGGUACAAUCAUUGCCAAGGAUGAUUAUCAUGGAUGAGAUUGGAAAACAGGUUAAGUUUUCUCUUGAGGCUGCAAAAUUUGCUCAAAGUAAUGCAUCUAUUGGAAUAUAUAAUGCUUCAGCUGUAUCAUCAAGACAAUCAAGAUCUCUGGCAGAGGAUGCCUUUUUUCAUCCUUCAAUUAUGUCCAUAAGCUAUUAUUCAUUUGAGCACUGCUUUGCCAUCUAUUCGCCAUUUUUUCUGCCAGUUACUAUGCAUGUCCUCCUUGCUGCUUUACGAGAAUGGAAAAGGUACAAGCAAGAAAAUAGGAAGUACUUAGCAUCGAAGGCCAAAGUAAAAGUUUCAUAAUCCUGUUGAGCAGUGAUGACAAGAUGAAGCAACUUUGCUGGUGGUUGGGGCCUAGCGUUUGGUGAAGCACUUCAAACUAAGUAGUAAAGCCUUCUUCCUCUCUCUUCUCAAGACCUGCCGCAUUGUGAAUUGUGAUGAAAAUGACAAUGUUGACACGAUCCUUACGGGGCAUGUGAUAUAAUUGGAGCACGGCAAUGUUGGCAUGGCGGCUUUUGGCUGUACCGUAGUUAUGAGUAGAUUGAGGGUAAAAGAUGCACUUUACUAAAAUUUCAUACCCGAGUUGUUGAAAAAUCUCAUUACUAAUCUGUGAAAUGUAUCAAUCGAGUAUCUUCAUGCUACUGUGCACUGAAAUGAUAUUGUGAAUGAAAGCAACGCCAUUGACUAGAUUUUGUUGAAUUGUGUUUAUCAUUGUAUGUGAUUUCUUAAUGUAAUAUUUGAUAUUUACAUCCAUUGUAAUUCUUAUUUUUCUCA